CCCGCGAUGACAGUUUCCUGCUGAUUCGCUCGGGCGGACGGCUCUCCUUCUCACUGGGGGAUGGACCGAGAAGGAAGGAGGGCAGUGAGAGUGUAGCUCCUCGGCAUGCAGCAGAGUUGGCCGCUGGAGUGAAUUGUCUCUUUAUUUCUCCGGGAGGAGCGAAUGUCGCAGGCGGAUACAGGGGGUAAAUAGGGUCAAAUGAUGGAGGGUUCGGCACAACCAGAAGCAAGGUCGAAUGGGCCCUCUGCAGUGCCCAGCAGCCCGGUGGAUUCCCCUGUGAGCCCGCCUCUGUCCCUACAAGAACCAACCGAGGAGGAGCAGUCGUCUCUGACCAGUGUCAUCCAAAUGUGGAUUCAGUUUGCCAAAAGCUUUGCAGUCAUCUUCCCUAUCUACGUUCUGGGAUAUUUUGAGUUCAGCUUCAGUUGGGUUCUGAUUGGACUCGCCAUGUUUUUUUAUUGGAGGAAGCACUAUGGCAAAAGGGACUACAGGAUAAACCGUGCGCUGGCGUACCUGGAGCAUGAGGACAAAGUGGUGAAGCGGAGCUUCCCAACCACUGAGAUGCCGCCGUGGGUCCAUUAUCCAGAUGUGGAGAGAGUGGAGUGGCUCAAUAAGACGGUAAAGCAGAUGUGGCCGUUUAUCUGCCAGUUUGUGGAUAAGCUGUUCAGAGAGACCAUCGAGCCGGCAGUGAAGGGCGCCAACCCUCACCUCAGCAGCUUCUGCUUCACCAAGAUCGACAUGGGCGACAAGCCGCUGAGAGUCAACGGGGUGAAAGUUUACACUGAAAACGUGGACAAGAGGCAGGUCAUCAUGGACCUGCAGAUCAGUUUUGUGGGAAACACAGAAAUUGACGUGGACAUAAAGAAGUAUUACUGCAGGGCUGGAAUCAAAAGCAUACAGCUUUAUGGAACGUUGCGGGUGGUGAUGGAGCCGUUGCUGGGCGACAUGCCUCUGAUUGGAGCUCUGUCCGUCUUUUUCCUCCAAAAACCUAUCCUGGACAUCAAUUGGACUGGACUCACUAACGUUCUGGAUAUUCCUGGUGUCGACGGUUUGUGUGACGGCAUCAUCCAGGACAUCAUUCAUGGCUACUUAGUGAUGCCCAACCAAAUCAACAUCCCUCUGGUGGGGGAGGCUGAACUGUCCAGAAUCCGCUUCCCCAUUCCCAAGGCCGUCCUGAGGAUCCACUUCAUAGAAGCCCAGGAGCUGAUGAGCAAAGACAGAAUGCUGGGAGGCCUGAUCAAAGGCAAGUCCGAUCCGUACGGAAUCAUCCAGGUCGGGACGGAGCUUUUCCAGAGCAAAACCAUAAACGAGAGUCUCAAUCCGAAGUGGAAUGAAGUGUACGAGGCCUUGAUCUAUGACAACAUGCCAAGUGAGGUUAGCUUUGAGUUGUUUGACAAAGACAAUAACCAGGACGACUUUUUGGGAAGCCUGAGCCUGGACAUGGUGGAGCUGCAGAAGGAGCAGAUGGUGGACCAGUGGUUCCCCCUGGAUGGCGCGAGGACGGGGAAGCUGCAUCUUAAACUUGAAUGGCUGUCUCUGCUCCCGACGCCGGACAAACUUCCCCAGGCAAUGGCGGAUAUCAGAGCCGAUCGGGGUCACGCCAACGACGGCCUUUCAUCUGCUGUGCUCAUCAUCUUCCUGGAUUCAGCCAAAAACCUGCCGAGCGUCUUCGAGGGGAACUUGGGCUCUGGCUACUUAAAAGAGAGGCGUGCGGCGGGCCUCGUGUUUUGCGAGAACACCGCUUCUCUCUGUAGGAGCUUAUUUCGCAAUCCAUUAGAGUUCAACCCAGCAGAGCCGAGGAAGGUCUCGGUCAGUGAGGCCAUCAAGGCUAAAAAAGUCACGAGCGACCCAAAUCCAUUUGUCCAGUUCACAGUGGGACACAAAUCCUUUGAAAGCAAGACCAAAUACAAAACCAUUCAACCACUGUGGGAGGAGAACUUCACCUUCCUCAUCCACAAUCCCAAAACACAGGAGCUGGAAGUGGAGGUGAAGGACGCCAAGCACGAGUGUUCUAUGGGAACCAUAACGGUACCUCUGAGCCGCCUGGUGGAGGCCAAGAACAUGAUGCUGAACGAGCACUUCCCCAUCAAGAACCAGGGCCCGUGCUCCACCGUAAAGAUGAAGAUGGCUCUGCGGGUGUUGUGUCUAGAGAAGGACACAUCUUCCAUCAGAAGCUCCAGCCCGUCCUCAGUCCAGGUCCGCAAGUCAAGCUCUUCUGGCCCGAUGCCACGCCCUUCAGUCUCCUCAGACUCCGCCAAGCCUACCCCGAACAACUCCAGCUUCCACCGCUCCGCCUCUGUGUCAGCCCAGGACCAGCAGAGGGAGCCCAGCAGCUCCACGGACUACAAGGACUCCGGACCCGGCCUCAUGGGAAAAGGAGGCUUAGCGGAGAACGGGAGGAGCACCUCCAAUCUGGCCCUGUCUGGAUCCCAGCUGUACUUGGCUGACGGCAAAGAGGCGACGCCCAGCAUCGCAUCCGACAUCUCCAACCCAUACGCCACGCAGGAGCUGCAGCAGAGACUGCAGCAGCUUUACAACGGUUCCGGCCCGUCACACCCCCCUCUGGGGGAGGUCAAGCUGACCAUCCGAUACUCCACCCAGAGGAGCAAACUGGUGGUGAUCGUUCACUCCUGCAGGAACCUGAUCUCAUUCACCGAUCACGGCACCGACCCGUACGUCCGCCUCUACCUGCUCCCUGACAAGCGGCGCUCCAGCAGAAGGAAAACCAACACCACAAAGAAAAGCCUGUCUCCCGUAUACGACAAGUCCUGUGAGUUUGACGUUUCUUUUGCGGAGCUGCACAGAAGAACUCUGGAUGUUGCAGUGAAGAACGGCGGAAGUCUCCUCUCCAAACACAGAGGAAACCUACUAGGAAAGGUUCUGGUGGAUUUGAAUUUUGAAGAAUUAACCAAAGGUUUGACGCUAUGGUAUGAGCUGAGCGACAACGGCCAAGUCAACAAGACUCGACACACCUGAAGAGUCUUCACCCCCCGAGCACUUGCAUACUCGUCAGCGUCGUAUCUCCACACUUCCACUUGGCUUUCCCCGUCACUCAUACAACCAAGUCAUGGAGCAUAUCUCCCCUCUAAGGGUGGAGGAGUCAAAGGGAGCUUUUUAAUGUUUUACACAGCUGUGGAAGUCUAGUUGUAGUUAAUAGAGGAAGCUUCACAGCGGCAUCCACAUGACUGUAAAUAAUGUAAAAUGAUGCAAACCAGAGUAUACUGAGGUGUCUUACAGGCCAAAUGAUUGUUGAUCACUGUAUCUGAUUUUUAUGUUUUUUUUUCAUGGUUUUCAAAAUAUAGUUUCUGAAGCAGAAAAUGAGUCGCACCAAAGAGAGAAGUAUUUCAUUAUUUAGCGUUUACGGGUUUUGGUAACACGUCUCCACGCCGGCUUUACACCACUGUAAUAACACAACGUCUGAACCAAGUACCAAUUAUACACAGAAAUCACGCAAAUUUGUUGUUGUCUUUUUUUUGAUACAUUUAUUGGUUUCUAAGGUAAAUGGAUCUGUUUUUAUGCUGAACCAAGGCCACCGCAGAGUGUUAUUGGCUUUUAUUUUUUAAAACCGCGACUGUUUGCACAUAUGUAUUUGAAAAAAAAUCGGUCUCUGAUCCUGAGUAUUUAAUGUAAACAAGUACCGAGAAUAAAUAGCAUUUUUUAAAGCGAUGAGAAGCGUCUGACCUUAGAUCUCUUUAAUAAAAGCUUUGAUGUGGAUGUAUACAUUACAAACACACAGGAAAGAUCACGUUGUUUUAUCCCCUGCAUUUUGAUGCCCUGCAGCUGCUUUUAUUCCUGUUUUCCAAGAACAAAAAGCUAAUAAAACAAAAAUCAACAAAUUGCUUUCAUGUAUCCAAACACACAAAAUAUGGACAUUUAAAUAUAUGUUCAAUUAUUAAGUUUAUCUAUAGAAUUUUCUUGAUAUUUUCAAGAAUGAAAAAAAAUAUCAAAACCAUAAAGAAAUCUGCUGGGAAAGGAUAAACCCACUCAUCAAUGUUCUUAGCCUGCUAUAAUCUUUGUGGGGUCACAGGGUUGCAGGAGCCUGUAACCACCUACUUGUAAGAGGGGGCGGGUACACUUUGGACAGGUCGGUAUUCUGUCACAGGGCACACUACACUGGAGCAGGGGUCUGCAACAAGCCGAGAUUUUUAACAAAACAGAGCAAAAUGAUGGUAAAAGGUAUUGUAGUGGAUUAUUAUCGGAAUGACAUCAUCUUAUUGGAUUUAGUUUAAAAAUAUAUUUGUAUUCUCCUCCAAAGUUGUUGUGUCUAUAUUCAAUAGUAAAAGGAGAAGAAAGAUGAAGGAACACCAAAGUCCCAAUGAUAGAAAAGAUGUUUUUUUUAUUUUUGGUUUAAGUAAAUCUUCUGCACCUGGAGGAUCUGAUCAAACACAGGAUGCAUCUUAUUUUGAAAGGAACUUGUAUGUACUGCUUUCAAGAGUAAAAGAAGUUAAUUUAAUAAAGUUGUAGAGAUUGUUUUAAAGUCCUAUUUUAUAAAUUAAUGUUUUAAUGGCCACAAAACAUAAAUAAAGUGUAUUUUUCUAGCUUUGAGGUGGAGACUUUGUGGUUCUUUUAGAUUUUAGUCCAUAAGAAACUGGGUCAUAUGGCUCUUAUAGCAUUAAAGGUUGCAGACCCCUACACUAGAGUAACCUAUAUAGUCUGUUUUUGGACAGAGGGAAAAGCCGAAGUGUCUGGAGAAAACCCCCACGUGCACGGGGAGAACAUGCAAACUCCAGGAUCUUCUCACUGACGGGAGAGAGCUAACCACUGUGCCACCAUGCAACUUGAAAUUAUAAGAUUUUAAAAAAUUUUAAGUUUUUUUUUAAUUAGUAAAAGCAAAUAAUUGCAUCAUAUAAAAUAUUCCAUAGCUUUGUUCUGACUUGUUUUUGCUCGAGUUGACUUCAACUGUGUUGCCUAUAUUCACAAGGGGGCGCAAUAGAGUCGCCUUUAGGAAACAACUGUAGGAACACUUACUUUUUGGAAGUGACUAUUGGCAUGUAAUUAGGGCGGGGUUACAGUUGGGAUUAAAAUAGGUCCAUUUUGGCUUCAUGGAUUAGCCGAUAUGGAUUUCCAUCCAUUGGUGCUUGGUCACAUGGUUUUAAGUUUGUCUCUAACAUGCGUGUCCCAUCAUUUAUGUGUGUUGAUUCCAGAAAUGGUACAUUUUUCUGCUUGUCCAUAAAGUGAAACCUCUGCGCAUUUUGUGCAUUCCCUGUGGAAUACUGUUCUAUGCAUUUUCUUUAAAAAUAAAAAAAUAAAACAAAACUAAA